UACGGAAGAAAUGGAGAAUAUGCAUUGAGUGAUGAACUUGAAAAAAUGAGAUUGAAAAUCUCUUAUAAACUUCCUUUGAGUAUUAAGUUUGAUUCGGAUUUUGGGCCUCCAUAUUAGUUAAUGCUUAUGCCUUCUACAUUCUCCCCUUUUCAGAAGGAUAUGAGAAGUUAGCCCGGGCAAAAGAAGGCCCAUCAAAUCAACAUUUGGCUAGUGGAGAAGCCUCUAGCACUGGUGAAGGUGAUUAUGAUAUGUUUGCUGACGAGGAUGAUAACAGUAAGCCAUCUACAGAUGAAAAUAAUACAGUUAGUCAAUCUUCAUCGGACGCCAUAAAUUCUGGCACUGAGGGUAGGUGGAGCAUUGCAAAAUGAUUAUGUGUAUGAUGAAUCUUCUGGGUACUAUUAUAGCAGCAGUUUGGGCUAUUAUUAUGAUCCAAAUACCGGGCUUUAUUGCUCUGCAGCAUCAGGACAAUGGUACCGAUUCAUGGUCGCCAGUACCGAUUCACGGCCGUUACCGAUUCACGGCCGCCGCAGCUCCGACGUUUGGUCCUCGUGUGUAUAUUAUUCAUGCCAACCCUGAUCCGAGCUUGAGAAAUUUUUCUAUUGCCCAUAAACUUCAAAUGAUGUCCAAGGAUUACGCGUGGCUUUUAAGUCAUACCCAUGAUGAAAAAGGAAACAUAGUCAAUGUUGGUUAAUUCAUAUAUAUCUACUCAAUUAGUUACUGUUUCUGCGGAAUUGGACCGGUGAAGAUUCCAGCCGUCUCCGUCCUGAAACACUCCUCCUCCAACGGUCAGUCUUCCUUCUCGCUUCCUCUGCGGUCGGUCUUCCUUCUCGCUUCCUCUGCGGUCGAUCUUCCUUCUCGCUUCCUCUGCGGUCGGUCUUAGUGUUAAGGGGGGAACCUGCAAUAAACGCUCCGACGAUCAAGUCAGAAUGGGUUCUCAUCAAUGUAUCAUUAUAGAAAAUAGAUGCCAUACCUUCUCCUUUUACCCCUUAUUUAUAUGUUUUUAAGAGAAUAUUCCUUUAUGCCAAAUCCACUAUGAAGGUAAUAAUGGGUUUUAGUAAUAGCUGGCGCACUAAAGGUGGAGAGACCCACCACUCACAGCUGCUACCCCUUUAGGUGAACGGGAGACCCCUCCACUUUCUCCUUCAAUUAUUUGCUAAUUACUCAUUCAUGGGAGCAUUCAAUCACUGUCUUCAAACAUUUUAGAUGCACCCAAUAUUGGUCAUAUUAUUGUAUUUACGAGCUCCGAUCGGGCACACCAGAUUUGGAAUGUCCGAUCGGUAGUGUCCAAAGCUUUCUGGUCGGUUAUCCGGGCGUGCGGGGUAUUCCGGUCGGUUAUCCUAUUCCGGUCGGUUAUCCAGGCGUGCGGGGUAUUCCGGUCGGUUAUCCUAUU